AAUCCAACAUGGCGCUUACGUUGCUCGCCUGAGAGUGCAGUGGGAAGCGCUUUAAGUUCAGCUCGAUUUCAGUAGUAGAGUUCAUUAAAGCGGAUCAGACUUUUAGAAAUGAAGGGGAAAGAGCGAUCGCCGAUGAAGAAGCGCUCCCGGGCGCUGGAUGAUAGCAGAGACCGAGGAGGAAGCCACCCGAGCAGCAAGAAGAGCGGAGCCCUGUCGGCGGUUAGCGGCAACACGGGUAACGGCUCUGCUUACAGCGGCUCUUCAUCCAGGAGGAGCUUACACAACGACAAAAGAGACCUGAGGGAUUCGGACGGACACAGCACAUCCAGUCGGACUAGCAGCGGCUACGACUACGGAGUUGUUUCCGGGAACAAGCCGCACGGUGGCGCUGACCUCGCCGCGGAAUCCUCCAGGCCGGGUUCACGCAGCGACCCGAGGCCUCCGUCAAACCCAGGAAGUGAGUACAAGACUUUGAAAAUCAGCGAGCUGGGCUCCCAGCUCAACGACGAGGAAAUAGAGGACGGCCUGUUCCACGAAUUCAGGAAGUUUGGGGACGUGAGCGUUAAAAUGACCCGAGAAAACGAGGAGAGGGUCGCGUUUGUGAACUUCAGGCGACCCGAUGACGCCCGGGCUGCCAAACACGCCCGCGGGAAGCUGGUGCUGUACGAUCGGCCGCUGAAAAUAGAGACAGUCUACACGAGCAGACGGAGGAGCCGCUCCCCCGUUGCUAAAGACGGCUUCCCCGCGGGACACAGACCCCUACACGCUCAGAAAGCUCUGUCUCCCACAGGCAUGGGGUUCAGAGACUACCGGCUACAGCAGCUGGCUCUGGGCCGUCUGCCCCCUCCCCCUCUGCCGCCUCCUCACCUCAGAGACCUGGACAGAGACAGAGAUUUUCCCGUGUACGAAGGCAGAAACAGACCGCCUUACAUUCCCGAGUGUUUCCGCGAUGAGGACAUGUUGAGCCCCGAGGACGACCAGAGGGCAAACAGGACUUUGUUUUUGGGCAAUUUGGACGUGACUGUGACGGAGAGUGACCUGAGAAGGGCGUUUGACAGGUUUGGAGUGAUUACAGAGGUGGACAUUAAGCGCACAGUGAGAGGCCAGAGCAACACCUAUGGAUUCAUCAAGUUUGAGAACCUUGACAUGGCUCAUCGGGCCAAAGUGGCCAUGGCUGGGAAAAUCCUGGGCCACAGCCCGAUUAAAAUAGGAUAUGGGAAACCUACGCCCUCGACCAGGCUGUGGGUGGGGGGGCUCGGGCCUUGGGUUCCACUUGCUGCACUUGCCAAAGAGUUUGACCGCUUUGGGACCAUCAGGACUAUAGACUACAGGAAAGGUGACGCGUGGGCUUAUAUCCAGUAUGAGAGCCUGGAUGCUGCUCAGGCUGGGUAUACUCACAUGCGUGGCUUCCCUCUCGGUGGCCCCGACAGGAGACUCAGAGUGGACUUUGCAGAAGCAGAGACUCGCUACCAGCAGCAGCAGUAUACGCAGCUUCCUCUCCCCCUGCCACACUAUGAAUUAGCCACCGAGCCUUAUUCACACCGCCUUUCUGAUCCAGUGAGAGCGAGAGAGCGGUCCCCUCCACUUCCUGCUCGCUUCAGAGACCGGGAUCUCUACCCUGCUGAAUGGUCUGGCCUCGGUGCACACGAGAGGAUGCGAGGUUUUGACCCGGCAGACCGUCUGGACAGGCGCUCCCAUGAGAGCUGGUCACUAGAACGGGAGCGGGAGUUGCAAAGCAGAGAUUUGUCCCGCAAAAAGAGACCUUUAGAUGACGGUUGGCGGCUGGAGCACUCUCCUGACGGCAGUAACUUUGGUCUGCGGCGUCAUGGCAGCUCUUUGGACCGCAGCCCGGGAGGGAGCAGCCGAGAUGGGGGGCGCUACAGUGACCCCGAACGCUUGCCUCGCUCUGGCAGAACCUCCCCAGUCAAAGACAGGAAGAACAGCCUGGACGCUGGGUUUGUGGACAAUAAAAGGAGAACACGCAGCCCAUCAGAGCCACGCUCCGGCUCUGAGAAGGGGCGCAAACACAAAGUCAGUGACUCCUCAAAGAGCCCAGCGAAGAAGGAGGACCGCUCAGAACAUCUUUCCUCUACGAAUCCCUCCAAACCCGGUCAGCAGCCUGACCCAGAUGCUGACAAACAGAAGCUGAGUCAGGCCUGGCAGGGCGUCCUCCUGCUGAAGAAUAGCAGCUUCCCCACCUCACUGCACCUGCUGGAAGGGGACAUGAAGGUGGCUGCCAGUCUGCUGGUGGACGGCUCUAAAGGGGGCCAAGUUUCUCAACUGAAGAUCAGCCAGCGCCUGCGCCUGGACCAGCCGAAGUUGGACGAGGUCUCCCGUCGCAUCAAGGCCGCCGGCUCCAGCGGAUACGCCAUCCUCCUCGCUUUGCCUUGGAAAUCUGAUGACAGCGGUGCCCAGGACGCCGUCAACUCCACCGAGAGACCCCUGAAGAACCUGGUGUCCUACCUGAAGCAGAAAGAGGCGGCAGGUAUCAUCAGCCUCCCCGCUGUGGGCGGCCGUGACAAGGACCACGGAGGAGUACUACACGCUUUUCCCCCAUGUGAGUUUUCCCAGCAGUUCUUGGAUGCCUCUGCCAAAGCCUUUGCCAAAUCAGAGGAUGACUACUUGGUAAUGGUUAUUAUCAGAGGAGCAUCAUGAAAAAAAAACAACAACAACAACAACAAAAAACCCCAAAUUAUACAUGUGUCAUGUCACACUCAAAACUGUUAAACUGUGAGAUGUAAACACAGGGAGAAGAAGUGGUAUUAAAGCAGUGCAGGAGACAAACAGCAGGAUGCAGAUUUUAAGUUCUCUAACCUGCUUCUAUUUCAUCCUGGUGAAAGUUUAUAAAAUUAAAGUCAAACUGAAUUAAGUACAUUUUUAUAAGUUGAUGAAUUUGAUUGAUAAAUCAGGUGAAAUGUUGCCUUCUACUAUUUAGAUAUUUAGAUUAAAUGCACAUUACCUGAAGGGUACUAUCCUAAGGUGAGUCCAGAGUGAACUACAGGUCUGUGAAUCAGUACUGUGUGUGUUGCCUUAUCAUUUAAAAAGAACAGGUCCUUUAUGUGCUUUUCACACAACUCCUGCCUACAACAAUGAGCUGAAGAUCCAGAAGAGAGCAUUUAGCCUCAUUUUUGGUAAUUGAAAUCAAACUCAUGUACACUGUGUUUUUUUUUUUUUUUUUUUUGGUUUUUUUUUCUUCUCUUGAUUAAGGAAGUCCAUUUGCUUUAAAGCAUUAUCCGUUGGCCAGUAAUUGACCUACACCAGAUGUUCGUAUGUAUUUGGUUUUCUUUUUUUUGUGACCAAGUAAAAAAUUUUUUGAAGACUUCCAAAUUCCAGCUUUCAGUAAAUGAUCUUUAAGACUUCAAAUUAUAGCAGAAAGAGCAGUUAAACAGACCAAAUCACUCCAUCACUCCUUCUGGAUAUUCAUGUGUAAAGUUAAGGUACACGAGAGCAUCAGGAGUUUCAAGUAUAAUUUACAUUACCAGUGCUUUUGUGUGUGUAUGUGUAGUUGCGCGUGUGUGUGCCAUGUUUCAUGAGUCAUGUUACUUUAUGACUAAGUGGAGGUUUGUCAUCGGUGCUUUCACAAUUUUCACCAAGCACUUGUACCAGCAGCAGCCGUUUGUGAGGGGAUGGACACAAGCAGCAAGCUCUGCGAGCUUUCAUUUCUCAAAGGUGUAUCAGGAUCCAACUACUGAUUAAUCUUUAAAUUAUUAUUAUUAUUCAUCUGAAAUUGUGAAAAAUGCUCCCUGAUUGACCAAAAGUCCAAAACCUGAGGACUAGAUUUUUUUCAUGUGUGUGUGUGUUUGAAAUUUUUUGCUUAUCGUUAUCUUUUAAUAUUUUAGUAACGAGCUAAAUCAACUCCCCCGCAGUCUCAAUGCAAAUUUUACAAGGCUAGUCUGUGUUGUCGGGCUCUUAUUUUGCAGUAUGGGGUUGCUUUUUGUGUCCUUCCCUUCUCCGUUGUGUGUGUGUGUGUGUUUCUUUUUUUUUUUUCUUUUCUUUUUUUAAAUUAUCCACAGUUUGGUUGGGCAUUUAUUGUUUGAUCAGAUACCUCACUCCGUUUGUCAUGUUUUAACUCACUGAUUACAAUUACUACCCUAAGAAAGCAUAUUGUUUUUUUUUUUUAAAAAAGAAUGAUGUAACCUCUAACUGAAGAGCUGUAUGCCAUGCACAGGUCUUUUUUUUUUUUCUUUUGCCUGAUUGUGAGUCUCCAAAAAAGAAAAUGUUGCAGUACGAUCAGAGGACUUUGAUGUAUGUUUCCACACACACGAGGAACGGAGGCCAUGUUCAACUGGCCAUACUUGCCGCCUUCAAAAAGGACUCAUAAUGAUUGUUUUUCAUGCUUUGAUUUGAGUACUGUGUUUCAAAUGGAUAAAGAGUGAUUUGUGCUGUAUACUCAGGAUAUCUGAAGAGAGAGAGAGAAAUGGAGAUCAUCAGUGCUCAUGGGCCUAAGAAGUAUACCUGUCAGCAAAAACACGCAAAGUGCAACAUGCACUUCAUACAUCUUGUCUUAAUAAAUUUACUCUUUCGUGGGAAACACGAGUGCCUCGGAAGACAACUUUUGUGACCUUUUUCUGUUCUUGGAAUUUUCUGUGAAAGUCUUUUAAAAAAAAAAAAGCAAAGGGGAAAAAAAAGGCUUUCACUUUGACAGCAGGAGCCUUCCCGGCAGACGUGAGAGGAAGUGUGAGAAUCGAGGGAAAGCCUCUCAGUUCUGUGUUUUCGUGAUGCUCGACAUGUGUUCGGUGACCUCUCUCGUGAAGAGCUUUUCCAUAUGACCUUCAUUCAGAUUGAAAUUUGGCGGUGCUAGAAUACUUUGUGCAGCCUGUUUGGGAAAGGCAAAUGUAGAGUCCCUGUGCCUCCUCAGACCUGUGGCUUAUUCCUUGGUCGCCUUUGUGUGUGCGGAGGUGUGACACAGAACCUGCUCAUCUGAGAGCUAUUUCUCAACAGGGCUCAUCUCUCAGCGGGAGCUUUUUCUUCCUCCCCUCAUCUGGCUCCAGCAGCACACUGGUGCACAGUGUGUUUGUUCAGCAUCUGCAGCAGGAGCAGUGUUUGUGUAGUUGCUUAUUGUUCUUGCAUUGGAGUUUUAAAGAAGAAGAUCUCUGUGCUAGGGCCAGACCUGCUGCCUCAGCCUGUCGGAGAGGAGGUCGAGGCGGUGAGACAGCAUCUGCCAAAUAACGGAAAGGAGUGGAGACGAGAGAUCGCCCCGGUUGAGGCCUGAGCAGGGAAUCCUAAUCUUUUAGUUGGUUUGUUGAUCUGAUGAUUUAUGCACUUUUAAAAAGAUUGUGUGGCAAACUGUGUAUGAAAGCACAGAGACGAGAGGAUGACUCCCAUCGUAGUUUCCUGGUUGUUCUUCAAACAAAAGGGACGGCUACCCUUCAGCUCCAGGUAUCCGCACGGUGCUCCGGCUCAAGGUGUCCCCUGGAGGGGGUGGCGUGAAGUGUAACAGCUUUACGUCUCCUGGCUGCUCCUACCCCUCAGGUAACGUAUACUGAUGGCCACAACGACACGAGCGGGUACGUAUUGUAAUGUCAAAGAGCACCACAGGCACACUGUUGCUUAAGUAAAAGCUGGUAAGUGGAGGGGUGAGAAAAAAAAUAGCAAAAAAAUCAGUUAACAUGCAGUAAAAUUAAAAUAAUUCUGAUUUUGUUAAAAGCAUAAAAGCCAGAGAUUAGUGUUGAGCUAACAUUGUCACAGAUUCUGUCAGUGAAAGUUUCUUUCCUGUUGUCUCACCAAAUUGUGGUUUUACAUCCCAUAAACUGCUGUAAUCUAGCAAAAGAUUUAAUUUCGUUUUAAAAGGUACUUAAAAUUAAGCUCUGCCCCUUUGAGUGCAUUAACAUGUGAGUAAAGUUUAAUCUCAGUGAGAUGGUGCUGUAGUUUCCUUUAAUUGGUAUUACAGUAAAAAAUUAAAUCUUGAUUUUUCAAAGUAAGUCAAAUAUAUGUGCAGGAGUAAAACUCAUAGAUGUAAAAUAAAUAAAUAAAAUAAUAGAGUAAAUGGGAACAGCCAAGAAAAUGGAAAUGGUUCAGGUGCACUAAAGAACGAUGCUUCAGCAGGCCUGAGAGUCUCUGAGUGACUGACCUGAUCGCUGCAAACACAGAAGGACAAUGUAAUAUAGGCAAGAUUAUUAUAGUUCACUAAAAACUAAAAUAGGUAUAAAAAAAAUUUACUUUUGAAAAAGAAACAAUUUUGUGAACUGUGAAAACUAAAAUUAAAAAAAAAAAAGUUUUAAAAUUUGGUAAAAAUUGUUAGCACAACCUGCCUGACGAGGCUUUGGAAGCCUACAAGACUGAGUCGACUGCUUUCAAAAGUUCAGUGUUUAUAUUGUAGUAUCGACACUGAUUAUCCGAAAUCUUGUCUCUGGUAAAUGCUCUAAAUACAGCAAUACUUCAAAAAACUAAAACUUUUCAAACAAAACUAAACUGAAAUGAACAAACUUACUCUGGAAACUAAAGUUAAAGUAAAAUAAAAAUAGAAGGUAAAGAAAAUCCAAAACUGUAAUAACUGAAUAUAUGUAUGUAUAAUACAAAUACACGGUAAACUAAACGUUACAAAAAUGGGGAAAAUUAGAUCUCAAGACCAUUAUAAUUUGUAAGUGCUCUUACCUGCACUGAGAGAAAGAAUUAUGUCAAUGUUAGAGGCCUGCGGCUGAUCCACAUAAUGAUAGUAUUGAUACCAAUGAUGGUAUCGGAUGGAUACUGGAAUACUAGGAUCAGUACUUUGUUUCUAUCAUCCAAGUUCAGAAUGUACCCACUGAAUUUUACUAAAUUUUUUUUUUAAAUGAAAAACUAAAACUCAAACAUACACUAGAAAAAUUUCUUAAACAUUUUCCAGUUUUAAAAUACAUGAAAAGCUGAAAUGUGUGUCUAAAAUUUGUAUUAUUAACUCAUUAUUGUGGAAAGUGAAAAUCACAGUGAUUUGUUGGUCAGUAAAAUUUAUUCAGAUUUUGCAAAUUGAUGAUGAUUCAUCUCAUAAAUCAUUGCACAUUGCUCUUCUCUACAUAAGCUGCCUUUAUAAGAUAAACGUAUUGGUAUUAACAAUGCUGUGCUUGUAUUUACUUGGUAUCGAUACCAAACUUGCAGUAUUACACAGCACUAUUUUCACUGGGCAUCAUGGAUAUAGAUGCCCUGCAGUACAAUCAGUCAUCAGCAGGUGCUGUCAGUCACAACAGCCUCAGUUCUUACUCGUUAUGAUGGCAGUCUGUUUAGUUUACUGUAUUCUGCGCUGCUAGCCGCGGUACAUGAGGCGUGCAAAUUUUGUUUUACAGCUUCAGGUUUAGUCGGUGCAAAGGUUCAUGCCAACGGGAUUGCUUGCUAAAUCAGAGGAGGUGCAGGCGCUUGGAUUUCUGCAGGGUGACUGAAGCUUGAUGUUGUUAUAGUGAACUAAAAUUAGGUGUGGAAACAAUAACAAGAAUGAACUGAACCAUUUAAAAAGUCACAUUUAAAUGAAAAUAAAGGGGGAAUUGGCUGAGGUACAGUUUAUGCAUGUUUAUUAAACUUGGGACGUUCACAUGAGUGACUGUGAGUCAGCUGUUCAUAAAAUAUUUGUUUUUUUCCAUCUUAUAAAUACCCUCCACAUAUUAAUAAUAAAAAAGUAAUACAAACUACGUGAAACAAGCAUUUCAAAAUAAAAUUAAAACGAACAAAUUCAGUGAAACAGUAUGAAAUCAAGUGGAAAAACAAAAACUUUUAUAUGAUUAAUGAUUAAUGAGUGAGUGUAUCCCAGGACCAUGCCUUUUAACUUCAAAGAAAUUUGCCAUCAUUUGUGGUCAUUAGAAAUAUCAACUGGUGUGAGUAUUAUUUGGCCUAACUCAAUGUCAUCUCCUCCAGCUCUGAAUCUAAACCUGCACACCUGGAAACGUUUCUGCUGUUUCACUGAGUUUUAGGCCUUUUUUGUGAAAAUCCAGUUCUUUUUGUUUUGAAUAUGUUUUGAAGGUGCUUCUAAUCAAAAUGUUGAGUGUUUCAGGUCAUUCCCUCGACACAGAAGCAAAGAAGAAUGAAAACAUCCCCAGUGGUUUGCCCUCUGAAAGCACCUUUUGACUGAAUGAGCCGUCUGCAGCUUAAAAAAAAAAGCCCACUUCACGCUGUGGGACCCUGGCUCUGUGAGUACAACUUAAUUAAAUUAAAAAAUGCACUUUUCAUAUUGACACCAAGUUUUUUAUUGUUUCUCAUAAUAAUGUGAACAUCAGCUGAUUGUUUGAAUAAAGGCAGCUGUUCUUUAAACUA